AUGAGGAGUAGACGCGCAGCUAGCACCGGCCUGCACCCUCUGCCGGGUGGUCGAUUCGAGACGGGCUGGGCAAGCCACGCGUCUCUGCUGCUGUCCGUCCGAGUGUGCACCAAUUGCAACAUCAACUUGGUUCUCUCGUUGUCCCUCUGUCACUCUCUCUCUCUCUCUCUCUCUCUUUCUCUCUCUCUUUCGCUUUCCACAUUUAUAUCUAUCUAUCCAUCCAUCCAUCUUUUCAUCUCCAUUUGCCCCGCCACCCUCUUUCUCUCUUUGUCUCGAUCAACGCGAUCCGCCGGCGUCCUGCUCGCGCCGAGAAUUGGUGCAAGGUCUGUACGAACUACUCAUUCCGGAAAUGAGUAG